GUGCUGACAACAAUCAUGAAGCUGCUCUUUGACAGCACAUCAUUCAUAAAAGAGAAAAUGGCGGUUGUUAUAUUAGGAAAUAUAGGAAUCUUUCCAACAAGUUAAAAUUUUUGUGAGUUUAAAAUAGAGCUUUGAAACUUAGUAGUUCUAAUUGUUUGUGUUUAGUAUUAUACAUCCGUUGUAUUAUGGACAGUUAGCAAGAUCUAUUUUUUUCAACAAAAAUAGUACUUUAUCUCAUAACAAUAAAGCGGUAGGAGACCGCAUUUAUUUACGAAAUAGUUUUUCAAUAAUAAGUGCUGUAUUAUUUUAUCGGUUUGAUUGUUUAUUUAAAUUACGAUGUUUCUAAUGUGUUAGAGUUAUUUACACAACAAGGUUACUUCGUGAUGUGUUUGUGAGCGUUUUCCCUCUAAAAUGGAUGAAUCUGAGGAAUUCAACACACUAGCCUUCGAAAAGAAGCUUUCUCAGUUAAAAGAUACUCAGGAGAGUAUACAGUCGUUAUCUUCUUGGUGUUUGAAACAACGUGAUCAUCACAAAAAGAUUGUAUCGAGCUGGUUGAAUGUUUUGAAAAGAGUUAAAGUGGAGCAAAGAUUGGUGCUGUUUUAUCUAGCAAAUGAUGUGAUCCAAUAUAGUAAAAGAAAGAAUUAUAAAUUCGUUGAGAGUUGGGGAUUAAAUUUACAGAAAGCAACACCUCUGGUCAGGGAUGACAAGGUUCGGCCAAAAAUAUUAAGAAUAUUUAAAAUUUGGGAGCAAAGAUCGGUUUAUGAUGAUGAAUUCCUAUCAGAUCUGACCGGGCUGCUUAGUGCAGGACCUGGUAAGAAGGCUGAUGAUGAUCCAUUGGAUUUUCAACCUCAGCAAUUAGUGAACAAAAUUAAACAAUGCACAGUACUAGAGACGGAUACAGAUUUAAGGUUGAAAUAUAUACAUGAGAGUCAUUUACAACUCUCAGAUUCUGACGCAUUACGAGCUAGUCUUAAGGAUAGGAGUAAUAAAGAUGACGUAGAGAAGGAACUUAACGAAGGUAUAGCGUGUGUGGAGAGGUACACGCAAGCUUUGCAACGGGAGAUAGUAGCUAGAGAGGCAUUACUAGCACUUCUGACUUCAGCGGAACACUACUACUCUACACAGCGAGGGGAAGUCAAAGUAGUUGCUUAUGCGUAUAAAACAUUUGGUGCGCGAGUUCGUGCAUUGAAACGCAAGUUGGACGAGCUGACAACGACAUUGCCCAGUGCACUAUCUGAGCCUCUGUCAGCCACUAGUGGGACAUUCGCUUAA